ACAUUGAUUUGUAGGCAUCCAGUCCACAAUCGAACAACCACAUUUGGAUAUCAAGUACCGGGACAGGUUACAAAUGUGUCUAUGAAAAAAGACUCCACAAAUCUCUUGUUUGUUGUCGGACCUUACUC